UCGGGGCUUAUCCACCGCAGUGCCCCACCGGCGUCUUCCUCGGCCGCUCCUGUUUCCUCUCCUCGUGGCUUCCUCCCCGCCAGGCGCCGAAUACUUAACGUGAAGCCAACUCCAACGGGGUCGCCGCCAUGGAAAAGAAUCAGAAGAACCUCCUGUACCUGUUCGAGUUGCCUUACGACCCCAUCAGCCUCCCUCGCAGCGGCGGAAAGAUCCACUUCGAUCUCGAAAAUGAUGCUUCGCGGCCCCCGGUGGUCACCACGAGGCUUGGCAGCGGUAUCCCCGUGGAAACGACGCUAGUGCCCGAUCGCGGGGACAUCCUGUCACAAAAACUGGGCACCGCCACCUCCGUGCCCCUUGGCUCGCCCUUCUCCUUCUUCAUCAAGACGCAUCGUCAGGCCGCCAAGGAGCUCUGCGAUUUCUUCAUGGAAACGAAGAACGCGGAGGACCUCCUGCAAGUGGCAGCGCGCGUGCAUGGCCACGUGAACGAGACGCUGUUCGUCUACGCCCUCUCCUUCGUCAUGCUCAGAAAGAAGGAGCUUCAGAACAGCCGUCUGCCGAGCAUAAUCGAAGUGUUUCCCGGGAAAUUUAUCCUUCAAGAACAACUAAUGAAAGCGCAGUUGGAAGUCAACCGAGCCGACCCUAAUGAGUCUACGCCGAUCGUGGUGGAGCACGGACCCGAAUUCUCCGGAACACAAUUGAAGCCCGAGCAUCGCCUGGCCUACUGGAGGGAGGACUAUGGCAUCAACGCCCACCACUGGCACUGGCACCUCGUCUACCCUAUCGAUAUGAAUGCCAACCGAGACCGCAAAGGAGAAUUGUUCUACUAUAUGCACCAGCAGAUGAUCGCUAGGUAUGACAUGGAGCGCCUCUGCCUGGGUCUCCCGAGGGUGCAGAAGCUCGAGAACUGGAGAGCUCCUAUCAAAGACGGCUACUUCCCAAAGCUCACCUUGAAUAACUCAGGGAGGGUUUGGGGGUCGAGGCAGGACGAUACCACAAUGCAGGACUUUCAGCGAAAUGACUUUAAUCUUGACUUCACCGACGUCACCGACCUGGAGAUCUGGCGGUCGCGGAUCUUCGAUGCUAUUCACCAGGGAUUCAUGAUCGACCGCCAAGGGGAACGGGUGAUGCUCUCCGAUGACGUCACAUCCGGCAAGCGAGGCAUCGACAUCCUCGGCGACGCUCUGGAGGCCGAUUCAAAUAUCAGUGUGAAUUUCCCUUACUACGGUGACCUCCACAACAUGGGUCACGUCCUCAUAGCUUUCUCGCAUGACCCCGACUUCGCCCAUAAGGAGGACAUGGCCGUGAUGGGUGACACCUCGACCGCCAUGAGGGACCCAGUGUUCUACCGCUGGCACAAGUUCGUGGAUGACACCUUCCAAGAGUACAAAUUAAUGCAGAGACCAUACACUGAAGAGGAGCUUAAUCUUUCGGGCGUGAAGAUCGAGCGCGCGGGCGUCGUCAGGAACAACGAGGCCAACAUCCUUCACACAGGCUGGAACACCCGGCUCUUCGAAGCCAGUCGCGGCCUGGACUUCAACGGGCGGUCUGUCAUGGUGCGCCUCACCCACCUCGACCACGAGCCGUUCAAUUACCACUUGCAGGUGAGCAACAGUGGAAAAGGGAUAAAGGACGUUACAGUCAGGGUGUUCUUGGCCCCGAAGUUCAACGCUCGAAGCCAGGAAAUGACCUUCAUGGAACAACGCAUCCUGUGGGCCGAGAUGGACAAAUUCACCGUUUCCUUAAAGCCGGGGAGUAACCACGUCGUGAGGUCUUCGAAGGACUCGUCCAUAACAAACACCGAGGAACUGACCUUUAGGGACCUUGAGAACUCCAACAUCGAUCCAGCAUCUCCAGCGGCCACGCCCUUCAACUUCUGCGGGUGCGGGUGGCCACAGCACAUGCUUCUCCCCCGCGGUCGCCCUGAGGGUAUGGCAUUCCAGCUGUUCUUCAUGCUCACGGACUAUGCCCAAGAUAAGGUGGUCCAGGAAGCUACCCGACGAUGUGCCAACGGGGUAUCCUUCUGCGGGAUUCAGGACGCCAAGUAUCCUGACACCCGGGCCAUGGGCUUUCCAUUUGACCGCCGCCCACCGGUCAAUCUCCUCGGCCAGAGUGUCAACACCGCCGCAGACUAUGCACGCCUCGAUAACGCUUAUAUUCAUGAUAUUAGUAUCAAGUUCUUGGCAGAGAAGCUGAACUAAGAUGGAAUGGUUAAGUGUCCCUGCAAACUGGGGUCCGUUUUCUGUGAUGCAGUCUUUGUAUGAGCUUUAAGGAAAGCUAUUGUGUACAUUUCUUUUAUAUAAUGUGUUGUAUGUUUAGAUUAUGGUACACUUUUUUGUAUCUGCAUUAUAUAGAAAUGCUAAGUGGUUUCAUUAUAUAUAAAGACGAAUACUGUAUUCUCUAUAUUACUGUAUUCUCUGUAAUAACUUAUGUAUAUCACUA